AUGGCUGAAUACAAAGUCAGCGUGACAACAGGCGGCAUGCAGCAUGCUGGGACUUUGGACAACAUCUUCAUCGUUCUGUUUGGCUCUGAGGGGCAGAGUGAGCGCGCUCGGCUGGACAACUCUGGCAUCGACUUCAAAUCGGGGACGACGAGGACUUACAGUGUGAAAAGCGUCUCUUCUCUGGGGAAGCUCCUGCUGCUCAAAGUGGAGAAGGAUUCCUUCCUUCAUCUCCUGGAUGAUAGCUGGUAUUGCUCCAAAGUAGAGGUGAUGACUCCUGAGGGAGAAGAGAUUGCUUUUCCCUGCUACAGAUGGAUUUCCAGCGGUGAGGAAAUACAGCUGAGAGGAGGAAAAGCCUUAAAGGUUUUUGAGGAGGAGCAUCCUCUGCUGAUCGACCACCGCAACAAAGAGCUAACAUUGAAAAAGAGUUUGUACCAAUGGGCAGUUGUAGAUAAGAAGCUGCCCCGCCGCAUUCACUUCACAGACAUAUCGGAGCUCCCGGCUGAGCUGCAGCCCUCUCAGCUCAGAAUAGAUGAAAUACGGCAUUCAAAAAGAAAAAUGAAUGUUGAACUGAUGUUUAAGGGAUUGGCGGGAUCUUGUAAAGAGUGGAAAAGCAUUGAAGAUCUGGAAAAAGUUUUCAGGUCCAGAAAGACUUCUAUGUCCGAGUAUGUGUCCAAACACUGGAAAGAGGACGACUUUUUUGGAUAUCAGUUUCUAAAUGCAACAAAUCCCAAUGUGAUCAAACGCUGCAGAAAACUUCCACCAAACUUUCCAGUCACAGAGGAGAUGGUGAAGCCUUGUCUGCCGAAUGGAUUCACACUGAAGGAGGAAAUGGAGAAAGGCAAUAUUUUCCUGUGUGACCAGAGAAUAAUGGAGGGAAUUCCAACAAGAGUGAAGGAUGGGAAUCCUCUACACAUGACGGCCGGUUUAUGUCUGUUCUACAUGAACCCUGAGGGGAAACUCAUGCCUCUUGCAAUACAACUGAACCAAAAAGCUUCAGCGGAGAACCCCGUUUUUCUGCCUACAGACCCAGAGAAGGACUGGCUUCUGGCCAAACUGUUUUUCAAAAGUGCAGAUCUGGUGGAAUGUGAGGUCGUCCAUCACCUUUUGAUCACUCACUUUCUGUCAGAAGUCUUUGCUGUUGCGACUCUGCGCUGCUUCCCAACCAUUCAUCCUCUUUACAAGUUGCUGAUCCCACAUUUUCGGUUCACGCUGCACAUAAACAUCAUGGGCCGUGAGGCUCUUUUGGGACCUGAUGGAGCUCUUUGCACGAGUUCAUUUGGACUGGAGGGACUUCUGGAGCUCAUGGGAAGAGCUCUGUCAGAAGUGACCUACAGCUCCCUCUGCCUGCCAGAGAACAUCACUGCAAGAGGACUGGAAUCCAUCCCAAACUUCUACUACAGAGACGACGCUUUAAAGCUGUGGAACAUCAUUGAAAGCUUUGUGAGGUCGGUGGUGAAGGACUAUUACCCCUCAGACGACGCCGUUUGUAAAGACACUGAGCUGCAGGAGUGGAUCUGUGAGAUUUUUACACAAGGCUUCCUGGAAAACAAACAAUCAGGAGUUCCAGCAUCUUUCCACACUGUGGAGGAGGUGGUGAAGUUUGUCACUAUGGUGAUUUUUACCGCAUCCGUUCAGCACGCUGCAGUUAAUAACGGUCAGUUUGAUUUCCACUCCUGGAUCCCCAACGGCUCACUCCAGUUACAAAAACCUCCCCCCACCUCUAAGGGACAGUCCAGAAUGAACUCGCUCCUCGAGGCCUUUCCAAAUAUCGGAGACACUGUGAAGUUUGCAGCGAUGUUCUGGAUGCUCUCCGAUACGUACACGGAUAUGGUUCCCUUGGGUGAAUACCCCGAGGAAAGAUUCAGCGAGCCUCAUCUGAAGCAGAUGAUUAAAGACUUUCAAGCCGAGCUGUCCUAUCUAAGCGAAGAAAUUUCAUUAAGAAACUCUAAGCUUCCAGUUCCCUAUGCAUAUCUGAACCCCAAACAAGUAGAGAACAGUGUGGCGGUUUGAGGAACACGGACACCAGCAGCAAACGUGAUUCCACUUAAGUGUGUUUUAAUGCUGGGAAUGUCAAUAUACAGCAAUCAGAGGACUAACUCCCCCCUGAACUGUAAAGUAUUUCUUCCAAAGGUUUGUCCUUAUAGUUAAAGGAAAUUAAAAGUAAUAGUAAAAUAUUUCCAAAGAUGUUUUUCCCUCUCUAAUUAUUCUUUGAUGGAUUAUGAAAAUAUUCCCAGUGAUCUUUAAUCGUUAUUCAGUUAUUUUAGCCAAAAUAAAAAAAACUUAUAAGUUUCAGACCGGCAGUAGUUUAUUAAAAAGUUAUGGGCGGAGCAACCCCGCCCCCUUACCCGUUGCUGAGAGCUUGGGGAGGGGAGUUUAGCAUCCUUUCUGCAUCACAAGUAAGCUCCUUUUCUAAGCUUUUUUUCUGUUCCUGAUUCACAAUAAUUUGAAUUAAAAAAUAUUCUGAAAUGCAAUUUUGAGCACAAUUUUGAUCGGAGUGGGUCUUAAAUUACUUUCUUGGAGAGAUUGGUGUGAAUAUAUUAUGUUAUUUUGUGUUUGUUGAUGCCAUGUUUGGCUUAAAUAAAUUAAAUAUGAUAAAUUUGAACAA